AGAGUCAAGAAACACUAUGAGAGCUUCAAACUCAGUCCCAGAUCUGUCUCUUCAAAUCAGUCUUCCUAACUCUCACGCCGGAAAAUCUCUUCACGGCGGUGACCGGAGCUCCACAAGCAGUGACUCAGGAAGCAGCCUCAGUGAGUUAAGCCAUGAGAACAACUUCUUCAACAAACCUCUCUUGAGCUUAGGCUUUGAUCAUCAUCAUCAUCAUCAUCAAAGGCACUCAAACAUGUUCCAACCUCAAAUCUACGGUCGAGAUUUCAAGAGAAGCUCAUCAUCAAUGGUUGGUCUUAAACGAAGCAUUAGAGCUCCAAGAAUGCGAUGGACUUCUACUCUUCAUGCUCAUUUCGUCCAUGCUGUUCAACUUCUUGGCGGCCAUGAAAGAGCAACGCCUAAAUCAGUGUUGGAGUUGAUGAAUGUGAAGGAUCUAACCCUAGCUCAUGUCAAGAGUCAUUUGCAGAUGUAUAGAACAGUGAAAUGCACUGAUAAAGGAUCAUCAGGAGAAGGAAAGGUAGAGAAAGAGGCAGAGCAGAGGAUAGAGGACAAUAAUAAUAAUGAAGAAGCUGAUGAAGGAACUGACACAAAUUCGCCAAACUCAUCAACUGUGCAAAAGACCCAAAGAGCUCCAUGGUCAUCCACAAAGGGAGUACCUAGGAGCAUAUCUACACAAGCAGAUCCUCAUUUGGGAACAACUCAUCACACUAAGGAAAACGAGGAGAAAGAGGCGACCAACAUUCAUCUCAAUUUGGAAUUCACAUUGGGACGGCCGAGUUGGGGGAUGGACUAUGCGGAACCCUCCAGCGAUUUAACCCUUCUCAAGUGCUAAUUGCCUAACUUGGAAAGCUACAACAAAUAAGUCAGCUUAGAUUACCAGUUUUAACAUAAUAUAUUUAACUUGUUUUGAUCAUAUGAGCUUUGGAAGAAUCAUAUUAUCAUCAUAUAUGAACUUCUUGCAAGAAUGUUCAAUGAGUUUUUUGAUAUGUAUAAUUAAGAAAAUCGAUUUAAGUAG